UUUAAAAAAAAUUCGAUCAACGCAGACGUGGUACGGCAUUUUAAAUCUGAUAACAUUUUGAACCGGGAAUUAUUUUAGAGUACCAUCCUUUAUUUUGUGCCUGUUUCAAUAUAAAUUAAUUAUGCGCCUGAUGUAAAGUACAAAAUGUGUAAAAUGUGCCGUCGCGGGUGCACCCAAUUGUGCUUUGAUGAAUAAACAUAUAUAUAUACAUAACUUCCUGUCUUAGUAUAAGUGUAUGUCAGCCAAAAACAAAUAUAUAUGAGUGUUUAUCGGCAUUCGUGUGCUGGCAGAGCAGCGAUCAAAGCUAUGUUCUGUACUCGUUGACGGGCCCAAGAAUGAAUUCUCGUGCAAGUGUGUUGAUAAAAAGUAUACGUAUGUAUGUAUGACAUACAAGAAUAUUGUGUCUGAUUAAUUAAUGCGUGUAUGACUUUAACUGUGAAACCUCUUUCAAUUAGUAUUUUUCUCACAUAUAAUAGUCUAAAAGAAAAGUUUGCUGCAAAUUUGUUCAAACUUAGAGUGCUGGCGGCUUUGUGGAUAGCUUUUCAGUAAACUAACGUAUAAAGGAUUCAAAUUUUACUACUCUAAUCUCUCGGAUUGUUUAACCAAAGUAUCACUAUAUGCUCUUAUAGAGUAUGGAUUAUUUUAAUAUUCUGCAGUGCAAAGAAGUUUAUGUAACUUUUGCAAUUUAGGUAAAUACGACCUAAACGUCAAAAACAUGCCUCAUACACACAGCAGGCAUGGAUCAUCAGGAGAUGAUUUAUGCAGUACUGAUGAAGUGAAGAUUUUUAAAGACGAAGGAGAUCGCGAGGAUGAAAAAAUAUCGUCUGAGAACUUAUUAGUUGAAGAAAAGUCUAGCUUAAUAGAUUUAACUGAAAGUGAGGAAAAGGGUCACAAAAUUUUAAGGCCGGACCACAGCCCUGUUUUUAAUAAGCUGGACACCCACGCCCCUAGCUUUAACAUGGGUUACUUAGUUUCUCCUUAUACGUAUGCCAAUGGUACUCCAAGUGGCUUACCGGUAACUAUGGCCAACAAAAUUGGACUGCCUCCGUUUUUUUGUCAUAAUGCUGAUCCGUUAUCAACACCACCACCAGCGCAUUGCGGAAUUCCUCCAUAUCAACUGGAUCCUAAGAUGGGCUUAACUCGACCAGCGCUAUACCCAUUUGCGGGAGGUCAAUAUCCUUACCCAAUGCUAAGUUCAGAUAUGUCUCAAGUGGCAUCAUGGCACACUCCUUCUGUUUACUCUGCAUCUAGUUUUAGAACGCCUUAUCCCUCCUCACUACCUAUAAAUACUACACUUGCAAGUGAUUUUCCAUUCCGUUUUUCACCCAGCCUUUUACCUUCAGUACAUGCCACAUCGCACCACGUUAUAAAUGCUCAUACUGCUAUUGUGGGGGUUAGCUCUAAACAAGAAUGCGGUGUUCAGGACCCAACAACGAAUAGAUAUCCAAGGAACCUGGAAGCAAAACACCCAUCAAAUGUGCAAUCAAAUGAAUCCAAGGAGGCAACAAAUGAUAAAAAAAAACCCCAUAUUAAGAAACCACUAAAUGCGUUCAUGCUCUAUAUGAAGGAAAUGCGUGCUAAGGUUGUUGCCGAAUGCACACUAAAGGAAUCGGCUGCGAUUAAUCAGAUUUUAGGAAGACGGUGGCACGAACUUUCCCGCGAAGAACAAAGCAAAUAUUACGAAAAAGCUCGACAAGAGCGCCAAUUGCAUAUGGAAUUGUAUCCGGGGUGGAGCGCACGAGAUAACUAUGGUUACGUGUCAAAAAAGAAAAAGCGAAAAAAAGACAGAUCGACAACGGAUUCGGGAGGUAAUAAUAUGAAAAAAUGCCGCGCCCGUUUUGGACUAGAUCAACAGAGUCAGUGGUGCAAACCGUGCAGGCGCAAAAAGAAAUGUAUUCGUUAUAUGGAAGCCCUGAACGGCAAUGGGCCUGCCGAGGAUGGCAGUUGUUUUGAUGAACACGGAAGUCAGCUAAGUGAUGACGACGAAGAUGACUACGAUGAUGAUAAACUUGGCGGAAGUUGUGGAAGCGCCGACGAAACCAAUAAAAUAGAAGAUGAGGACUCGGAAUCCCUUAAUCAAUCUAUGCCAAGCCCAGGCUGUCUUAGUGGAUUGUCCAGUUUACAAAGCCCAUCGACAACAAUGAGCUUGGCAAGCCCACUUAACAUGAAUGCAAAUUCAGCAACCAAUGUUAUAUUUCCUGCUUCUUCUAAUGCGGUUUUAAUUGUCGGCGCAGACCAGUCGACAGUACAGCAACGGCCAACAUUGGUGUCAACCUCGGGAUCGAGCAGCGGUUCAACCAGUAGCAUAAGUACAACCCCAAAUACGUCAAGUACAGUUUCGCCAGUUACAUGUAUGACCGGUCCGUGUCUAGGUUCAUCUCAGGAACGAGCCAUGAUGCUUGGAAAUCGGUUCAGUCACUUGGGUAUGGGGCUAAGUCCUCCAGUAGUUAGCACGAGCACUAGUAAAUCUGAACCAUUUUUUAAGCCUCAUCCCACAGUUUCCAAUAAUCUUAUCUUUUCAUUGCCGUCAAUUGGUAAUUGUAGUUUAAAUAUUUCUUCAAUGCCAAACACAUCCCGAAAUCCUAUUGGUGCUAACCCACGAGAUAUUAAUAAUCCCCUUAGCAUCAAUCAGCUGACUAAAAGACGUGAUUAUAAAAAUGUUGACUUGAUUGAAGCUAGUGAGUCAAAGACUAUAGUUGCCCAUGCCGCUUCAUCCAUUAUUCAACACGUAGCAGUGAACGGCUAUCAUGCUAAUCACUCGCUUUUAAAUAGCAACUUAAGCCAACUUCAUCACCAAUUAAAUAGUCGUACGGAAAAAGCCAAUAGAAGUGAGCAGGCGAUGCUGUCCGUAAGUAAUCAUUCUGUAAAUAGCAAUGAAUGCCAUAAAGAAUCUGAUUCGCAAGCUAUUGUAUCUAGCAAUCCUCCAAACGCUGGAUCUUCCGAUAACGGCGUUAUUAGCGUUUCAUAACUGAUCGCCAGGGAUUUGUAGAAUUGAUUAAUUAAAAUUUUAAUGUUUAUGUGUGAGAAAGUAAUUAAAAUAAAAACAUACGUGCAAUAAUUAUUAUUCUCGCCAGUCCAAAGCCAUCUUAUGAAACAACAGGCCAUCAAAACUAGUGCCACGACUCACAUCGCAAUAUUUCGAUUUUGUUUUUUUAAUAAAAAUAAACAUAGAAUUGGUGCACAAAAAUCUUUUGGAACGACUCCAACUGAGGCCAACCUUAAGGAUUUCUAUAAAGAAACACGAGUCAAAUCUCAGGCUAGGCCGUGCCAAAUAGAAUAAACAGACAAUACACACUAAAACUUAGUUACAUAAACAUAUAUUUCAUUAGACUCUAUAUAUCAAUGAAACCAUUUUGUAUAGUUUUCUUCUUAUUUAGCUUUAACCUACCAAAUUAUGUAUUUUAUUUUAAAAUUGGACACUUGCCAAAAUCCAUUAAUUAAUGCCUCGCCGGCACAUAUGUAUUUGGUCAUAUUUGUUGUGAGUAUAAUUAGUUGAAUGGUUUCUGCACUAAAGCUAGAAGAACAAAAAACAUGGACUACGACGAUUGUCGAAUCACUUAGGCUCUUGUAUCCUAAACUUGUUCGUGUGUGGUUGGUUGAGUGUUUCAUCAAAGAACUUUUCAACGUCAUAAUCAUAACGUCACACCAUCCCGCCUGAAGAAAGUCUAGAUUCAAGACUUAAAUACAAUUUGUCAAAUAUAUUUUAAUAUUUCAAUAUCCUGAAACAUUUAUAUUAUGUAUAGAAUGCUAGGAAAAUGAGCAAUUAAUUAAGCUGAACAAAAAUUACAUUGUUAUUUCCGGGGAUAUAACGAUUACAGACAGGAUACUCUAUCUAAAGAGUGCGUGUGCGUUAUGACAGAAGGCGGUAGGAUGUCCCCGGGCAUGUUCCCAUUCGCUUUAAAACGUUAAAUUUAACCUUGUUAAAA